CUCACUGCGCUCCUCACGUGAACAGACAGGGGGACAACACUAAAGUCUAUGUGGUGAUGGAGCUCUGUGUUAAAGGAGACCUCUUGAAGCAUAUCAAUGUCAGGGGAGCCUUACCUGAACAUUCAAGUUGCAGGCUUUUCACACAGCUGUGCGAGGCCGUCCAAUACCUUCACAACAGUGACAUAGCCCACAGAGACCUUAAAUGUGAAAACAUGCUGCUGGAUACACACUUCAACCUCAAAGUGUGUGACUUUGGGUUCAGCAGGAGGCUCACUUACGCAGACGGGCGGUUGGUGCUGAGCGAAACCUUCUGUGGCACCUCGUCCUAUGCAUCACCUGAGAUUUUGAGAAGCUAUCCGUACAACCCCAAAGUGUCGGAUGUGUGGAGUAUGGGUGUUGUGCUGUAUAUGAUGCUCUAUGCAGCAAUGCCGUAUGAUUCCAGCAACAUUAGGAGGAUGGUGAGAAUUCAAAUCCAGCAUAAUAUCAACUUCCCAAACACUCCGUCUGUUUCGUCUGAGGCACAAGACCUUAUGCGAAGCAUUCUGCACCCUGUUGUGGAGCAGCGAAUUAAAAUCAGCAGCAUAUUACAGAGUUACUGGAUGACGCGGGAAGUGAGAAUGGAGGACAGAAAUGAGAACCCCACAUCAAACGCUGGCUCUGGGCAGGAAGGACCUCCAGAUAAAAAGGCCAAAGAAGAAGAGAAACUUUCAAAAGGCAAUUCAGAACCAGGGGAGGGACCAUCAACUGCUGCCCCAAGACAUUGA